AUGCAAUCAAUGCAACUUCUGCCCAGCCCAGGCGCCUAUACAAAGACGACAAGCAGCAACGCCAACAGCAACACCCCCCACCGCACCUCCAGCGAAGCACCAUAUUGCGCGUCGGAGGCGCUGUCAACCUUCACUUGCUUCCACAGCCACUCCCGACCGGAUCAUCAGGUCGACUCACUGUGUAUCGGCCACGGUGCAGACCUUCAGGAGGCUACCAAGAAAUUUCACCUGGAUUGUCCGUUGCGUACCCUUGCAAAGGAGGAAACAGACGCGGGAUUGAUACCUUUCAACAAGAUCAGGGGAUACUGGUACGAGACGGGGCCGGCGCAGAUCCUCUCUCGUGCCGUUGACCUCAACAAAUAUGUGCCUCCACCCGCGAAAGAAGACGAAAAGGCCACCGCCAAGCGACAAGACGAUGCGCCUCCACCGGGCGACGCAGUGGCCGAAGAACCUUCCCCGAGUGUCACACCACAGUCCGGCAGCACGCCAUCGGCAUUGGCAUAUCCAAAAAGACCGCCGCCCAAAAACUUCCUGCUCCUCAAGCGAGAGGGCGAGACGAAUCCUUGGCACUGCCUGAUGGAGAUCUACUCUUCGUACAUGGCCAUAGAUGUGCUCCGAAUGUCACGCGACCAAGAGAACAAACUCUUUUUUCGGGCACCGGAAGACGUCAACGACACCCAGGUUGUGAUUCUCGACGAGCGCGAGGACGGUCCGUACUUUGACCUAUGGACCCUCUUUGCCGCCAAUCGCAGGCCACUUCGCAUGAAGGAGCUCCUGGCCGACCCUGCGGCCGUGGACGCCGCCCGAGACGCCAACAUCAUCAUCCCUCUCGCAGGUGGCAGUAAUCCGCUGUGGCAAGACGACGCCGACGUCCAGCAGUGCUCCUCGGCGCCGACCCUUUCCGUUUUCGCGCGCCGCGUGUUGGGCUUCUACGAGAUCCCCGACCCUCCGCCCCGCAAGCGUGAUGACCCUAUUGUCGUGACCUACGUAGACCGACGUGAAACGCGCCGCAUCGUUGGCCACGAACCCAUGCUUGCCGCUCUCCGCGAGCGUGUGCCGCAUAUCCGCGUUCAAAGUGUCGAUUUUGCGGCUCUGACUUUUGCCGAGCAAUUGCGGACAGUCCGAGAGACGGACGUUCUCGUGGGCGUGCACGGCGCUGGCCUGACGCACGUCAUGUUCAUGCGCGAGAAAGUUGGCGCCAUUGUUGAGAUCCAGCCGGGGACCAUGACACAUGCUGGGUUCCGGAACGUGGCUGCUAUGCGUGGCCUCGGCUAUUUCCACGUACAUGCCCAGGCUGUGAAUCCCGUGAACGACCCCGGGAGGCGGCACGUUGACGAUGGCUUCAGGGAGGUCAAGGACGGAGGACACCUGGAGAAGCGUGACAACUGGCACACCCAGGACAUUGUUAUUGAAGAGGCUCGGUUUGUCGAUGUUGUUGAAGCCGCUGUUCGUUCCAUGUAUUCUAAGGGAAAUUGGAACUACGAUGUGAACGUGCGUUCGGGCUAG